CAAUCAAGGAGUCUGAACGAAGGUGAGAUACAAAGGUCGCCAAGUGAGUCGCAGUCGCCAUGUCGACUAGCCUCAUCAACAAUAACCAGGCCUCUGGGCAAUCCUUCUAUUCGCCUGCCUUCCCCUUCGAUCCCAGACUCACUAAUGAUGUCGCCCACAGCAGUAACGGCCAGGUUCAGCACCCGGACAUUGGCAGCGCCCUGCCAGCGGAUUCCCCCAACAAUGGCGAUGCUCCAGCACAAGCAGCGCCCGUGAAGACGCCCGCCAUCAACUCCAUCGGCGACGAAUCCGACAACGGCCAAAGCGGAAGCAAGCAGCAGCAAACAUGGCUGUACCCUCACGGCCACUGUACUGGCAUCCAUGGGAAGUCCAACCUCGAGCAGUUCAGGUCCGAGAUUGAACAGAGAACCAGGACGGGCGAGAGCUGCGAUCAGAUUGCCGAUGCCCUCGUAGCCAAGGGCGUCCAGACGAGCAGCAAGGCCGUCGCCCGCAUGCGACUGAGAUGGGGCUUCCGAAAGAGGGCUCCCAAGAAGACGUACAACUGGAAGAACGCCCACAAGAACAAGCCCAACUUCGACCCACUGUCAUCAGCCGCCACCCCAAAUGGCGCUGCGUGUGCCCCUUCACCCUACAGAGGCAGCAAAGGUGCCAAACAACUGCAAAACCGCGCCGAAAUCACCCAGAUGACCCAGCAGGGUCUGUCGUCCGAGGAGAUCGCUAACAUAAUGACGUCCCGCGGCAUGCAGCUCAAAUCGGGCGUCAGCACCAUCCGGCGCCUCCAGCGCGUUUGGAAACUGGUGGUUGACGAAGCCCAUACCUUGAAGAACCUGCGCCACCUUGCAAGAAAGAAAUCGAGAGAACAGCAGAGGAAAGAGUUCCAGAACUAUGCAAAAGAGUUGGAGCUCGCAGAUCCUGAUGCCUGGGUCAGGGCCAAAAUGAACGAUCCAGUGGCUAGGAAGACGAGACAAGACCACGCUAUUGACUUGAUGGGUAAUGCUGCUCCCCAGAAGACCACAAGCAAAAGCCCAGCCAAUCCCCCAGCCAAUCCCCCAGCCAAUCCGUCUGCCGAAUUGCCAACCUCUGCAAAAGGAGGGCGCUCCAGGAAAAAUCCAGACGCGCCAGCACGUGCCGCAAAGAGAGCCAAGGGAGAUGAGGUGCGCCGGUAUCCCAAUGCGCAUGCGACAGAGGGAACAUCGUCCUCGACAGCUGUACUUGUCGUUGAUGAUGGCGGCCAUGUUGAUUACAACUCAGCAACCAAUUGCACGCACCAAUCCGAUAGUGCGCCUAGAGCACUCAGGUCGCGACCUUCGUGCACUGCCCCUAUUGCAGAGCCUGAUGUAAGUGAUGGCGACAGCAAUGCGGUUGAUGAGGAUGAUGUGCCAAGACCUCUCGGGACCCAGUCGUUGACGUCAUCUGCCCUGAAAGAAAUCCUGCGCCGGCAACAAUGUUUGGGUCAUGGUGAUGCAGGAGAUGAGUCUGCUGGCAGUGAGAGUGAACGCAGCGGAAGCAGCAACUUGGACGACGAGGACCAGGCCAGCACGACGGUCAAUGACGGUUCCCCGUACCCACCUUUGAUGGAGACCGGCAAGUACGAUUCUGAUGAUUACCAACCAAUGGAUGGGCAUGAGCAUCAGAAUCGCGCGCCCAUCACUGCAGCGCCUGCUGGUCCACCUCACCAGGACAUCCAUAGUAACUUCAUUAUGCCCGUUGCACGGACACCCGAGCAGGUGGAAACGGCUAUAGCAAUGAUUUCUUGCGCCAGCAAUUGCUUGCUGGCUGCCGAGACGAUGAAGGACUUGCUCAUCUCACGAAAAGACGGGAAGCCUAGGAUUGGGGGUCUAACUGGUUUGCCACCGUCAGAAGCAGAUAUCCAGGUCGCACGUCACAAGAUGAGACUAGUCGCUAAAGAUAUUCUGAAGACGUUUUAGUAUUGCAGCCAUUGAGCAAUCAGCUUGGACUUGAGUGCGCUAGAUGG